AUGGAAAGCUACACAGAAGAAGAGCAACUAGAUGACGAGUCAGAGAAAGUGGAGAUCUUAAAACUGGCACAAUCAAAGAAAAAUAUUAAUAGUUUGAACAUAGACCUUGAAAAGGAUAUGCAGAGGAUAGAUGAAGCAAAUCAGGAACUUCUUCUCAAAAUCCAAAAGAAAGAAGAUGAGAUUCAGUGGCUGGAAAAUGAGCUCACACAGACAAGAGACCAGGCUGAGGAUAAAGAAUGGGAGAAGGAAAACUGUGUUGCCAUUGAAGGGGAAAGAGCCUUAGAAGAACUGGAAGAAGAAACAGUCAGACUCGAAGAGAAGAAUGAAACACUGGCCCAUAAUAUAGUAGAACUUAAAAGACAGAUUACAAGAAGAAUAAAUAAAGCACUCAAGAAUGCACAAGUCAGUCUAGAUAAAACUCCAGAAGACUCAAAGGUUAGGUUACAACAGCUGGAAGCAUCCUGUGCAGAUCAAGAGAGAAAAAUGACCGAGGUAAUGAAGGAGUAUGCAUUUGUGAUUCAACUCUGUGAAGAUCAGGCCCUCUGCAUAAAGAAAUACCAGGAAACUUUGAGGAAAAUAGAAGAAGAGCUAGAGACUCGGUUCCUUGAGAGAGAAGUGAUCAAGCACAAGGAACCCAAACUGCAUUUUGCCUAA